AUGUCAUAUCUUGCAACCUCAAGACAUCCACCCUCAACUACCACAGAUCAUUUAAAAUCAUCCACUUCUAAUCAGAAUCAAACUCAUAAUCAUACUCAUAAUAAUAGCAUUAAUUCAAAAUUUUCUACAAUAUCAUAUUUCAAAUCAAGAAAUAAAAAUUCAACAAAUCAAAACCACCAUAAUUCAGAUUUGAAUAGUUUAUCAAGUGUGAAUUCAAAUCAAACAAAUGCAUCCACUAUAGCGACAACAUUACAUCAAACCUAUUCAGAAAUAUCAGCUGAAUUUAAACAAAACCCAUCACAUAUAGAUUUAUCAUUAGCUGGAAAUGUAUUAGAUAAUUUAAAUUCUACUUAUAAUUUAUCAAAAAUUGAUACUAAAAUUUCAGUUGAUUCUUAUUAUAUAGAAGAUUCAAAUCAAUAUAAAUUAAAAUUACAAUUAUCAAAACAUGAAAUUGAUUUACUAAGAUAUAGUUGGACAAAAAUGAUAAAUGAAGAAAAUAGAAUAAAUGCAACAAUGCCAGGAAGUUAUUAUAAUAAUCUUGAUACUUCAUCAAAUGCUGCUACUUCAUUAUUUUGUAGACAAUUAUAUGGUAAUUUAUUAAAUCUGGAACCAAAUUUAGAAAAAAUGUUUCCUUCUAUAAAACAUCAAGCAAUAAGUUUUGCAGCAGUUAUUACAUUAACUAUUUCACAAUUGGAAAAUUUAUCCAAAAUUGAUUCAUAUUUAGAAAAAUUAGGUAAAAAACAUUCAAGAAUUUUAGUUAUUGAACCACCAUCUUAUGAAUUAUUAGGUGAAGCUAUAAUAAAUACUUUUCAUGAAAGAUUUGGUAAAAAAUUUACAACAGAAUUAGAAGUAAUUUGGAUUAAAGUAUAUCUAUUUUUAGCAAAUUCUUUAUUACAAUAUGGAAUUGAUCCAACUUUAAAAUUACAAAAUAAUUCAUUUGCAUCAAAUAAAUUUCAAUUGAAUCAUGGAAAUAAUAGUGUAUUGGAUUCAAAUAGUGUAAUAGAAGAAAAUUAUCUGGAUCAAAUUGACUAUAAUUCAAUUCAAAAUGAACUGAUAAUGAGUGAAGCUAAUAAUAAUAAUCAACAAAAUCAAAAUAAAAAUUAUACUAAUUCUACUAUAACUACUUUACAAAGUUCAAAUAAUCAAUCAAAUAUUCCAAAACCUAUAAAACAGCAAAAUUCAAAGAAGAAAUUUGGUAAGUUAAGAAAAAAAGGUGGUGAUUGUAUAAUUAUGUAG